AUGGGUGGUAUUGGUAAAACAACUCUAGCUCAGUUGGUCUAUGAUGACGAACGUUUAGAGGGUCCUUUUGAUAUGAAGGCAUGGGUUUGUGUUUCUGAUGAUUUUGAUGUUCUUAGAAUGACAAGGAGAAUUCUUGAGGCGGUCACUUCGAAAACUCAUGAGUUGGAAGCUCUGAAUAUGCUUCAACAAAAACUAAAGGAUAACCAGAAUUAUGAAGAAUGGGAUUUCCCUUUAUGCAUGGGGCACCUGGGAGCAAAAUUAUUGUCACCACUCGCCUUGGAAAGGGAUGGUAGAUUGACGAAUUUACAAACAAUGUCAAAGUUCGUUGUGGGCAAAAAUGAUAGGCUAGGAGUAAAAGAAUUAAGAAAUCAGAGGCUUUUACGGGGGAGUAUUUCUAUUACAGAGUUGCAAAAUAUUAUGGAUCUUCGAGAUGCAAAUGAGGCAAAUUUGAGGGUUAAGCAGGACCUUGAUGAAUUGGAGCUGGUGUGGUGUAGUGACUUCAAUGGUUUUCGAAAUGAAAACCUUGAAAUGAAUGUACUUGACAAGCUAUAA